AUGCCGGCAGGACAUGGGUUGCGAUCUCGCACGAGGGAUUCAUUUUCCCGCCCAUUCAGGAAGAAGGGGGUAAUCGCCCUAGCAACAUACCUCCGAACAUACAAAAUCGGCGAUUACGUUGAUGUUAGAGUUAACGGCGCAGUUCACAAAGGUAUGCCUCACAAGUUCUACCAUGGUCGUACCGGUCGUGUAUGGAACGUCACCAAACGCGCCAUCGGUGUCGAGGUUAACAAACAGGUUAGGAAUAAGAUUCUGAGGAAGAGGAUUCAUGUGCGUGUGGAGCAUGUGAUGCCUUCAAGGUGCACUGAGGAGUUUCGUUUGAGGAAGAUUCAAAAUGAUAAGCUCAAGGCUGAGGCGAAGGCGAAGGGUGAGGUUAUUAGCACGAAGCGCAAACCGGAAGGACCUAAGCCUGGUUUCAAGGUUGAAGGAGCUACUUUGGAAACGGUUACUCCAAUUCCUUAUGAUGUGGUUAAUGAUUUGAAGGGAGGGUAUUAG